CGUGUGCAGGUUUUUAGUUGAUGGACAGGUCAGCCAUUGUACUUAACCGGCGUGCACUGAGACCACGCGGAACGCGCUGUCAGUUAGCUGUGGCACACUGUAGCCGUUGGUGCUCUUCGUACUCAUCGGACAUAAAACAGUUGAUUGAGAGGUAAACGUCUAGCUGUGGCUGAGUGACUCUGAAAUAUUACUUGACUGUUCCCCUUCGGUUUUUUCUCUGUUUACAUCAUGUGCUUAUGAAGUGAGAAUGGCGAAACGACCGGGGACUGACGAGGGGAUGUUGACUUCGCCGACUGUUCUCCGGGAUCUCGCAGCGGAUUUGAACGCCGAGGACGUGAACAUGGACUCCGGCGACGGAGGCGUUGAGGUCUCCUUGGAAGAAAUCCUGAAACUGUACAACCAGCCGAUAAACGAGGAACAGGCAUGGGCAGUGUGUUAUCAGUGUUGCCGGACUUUAGCACAGAAACAUCGGAGGAAAAGCUCCAAGUCUGCCGGCGCUUCGGUUGCUUUCUAUCCGAGGAGGAUUGAGGGACCCGGGGAUGUGAUAAUCUGGAAAGAUGGGACUGUCAGAUUGCACUUUGAAGGCAGCACAGAUAAAUAUGGACCUGCCCCCACAUCAUCAGAGGUUAUUGACUCACUGGGUGUCAUGAUCUACAAAGCUCUGGACUACGGCCUCAAAGAGAACGAGGAGCGGGAACUGACCCCGCCGCUCGAGCGCCUGAUUGACAUGAUGACCAACAGUGAAGAGACUGAGAGCGACCCCUGUCCUGACGAGGGCUACGAAGCCACAGAGGAGGAGGAUGAGUGCGAGGAAGAAGAGGAGGAAGAGGAGCUCAUCUCUGCUACUACUACCAGCUCAGUCAGUAGAAUUUGCAGCUAUCGAGACGUCAUAACGAUAUGUUCCUCCCACCUGCCCAGCCCGUCAGAUGCCCCCAACCAUUACCAGGCUGUGUGUCGUGCUCUCUAUGCCGAGACCAGGGAACUACACACCUUUCUGGAGAAAAUUAAGAGUGCCAAGGAGAACCUUCGCAAAAUGGAAGGCGAGACUCAGGAACCUGUUAAAGAUCUCGAUGAGCUGCAAAAUUCAGAUUGGGCACGGUUCUGGGUGCAGGUGAUGCGAGAUCUACGGGAUGGUGUUAAGUUGAAGAAGGUUCAGGAGCGUCAGUACAACCCAUUGCCCAUUGAGUACCAGCUCACACCAUAUGAAAUGCUGAUGGACGACAUCCGUUCCAAACGUUACAAACUGCGAAAAGUCAUGGUGAAUGGAGACAUCCCGCCGAGGUUAAAGAAGAGUGCACAUGAGAUCAUUCUUGAAUUCAUCAGGUCAAGACCGCCUCUCAACCCUGUCUCAGCCCGCAAACUGAAACCCCAUCCGCCACGUCCCCGGAGCCUCCAUGAGCGACUGCUGGAGGACAUCAAAGCUGAAAGGAAGCUCAGGCCAGUCUCACCAGACAUGAUCCGCAGAAGCCGCUUGGUCAUGCGACCUCUUAGCAUGUCUUACAGUUUUGACUCAUCAGGUGCAGGGAAAAGCAUCAGCACGCCUCAGGACUUGUUUCGCAGCUCAGACACUCCUGAUGCACCCAGGAAGUUGGCUGUCAGCACCAACUCUCUGGCCAGUGGCCCCGUGGGACCCAGUCAAGGUGGAGCGCAGCCCCUUAGCCAGAGGAAGAGGCUGCUCAGAGCGCCAACUCUGGCUGAGCUGGACAGCUCUGAGUCUGAUGAGGAGAAUACACAGAGCAGUUCCAGUAUGUCCACGUCUUUGAUGGAGGACACAUCACCUGAGUCUGUCAUAGGGAGGAAGGCUCCUCCAAAAUUCCUGCCCAUCUCUGCCACUCCACAGCCAGACAAACGUCAGUCUCCACAGAGGCGGCACUCCAUUGAGAAGGAGGCCCCCACCAGUGUCCGCCCCUUUGCACCGCCAUCCAGACAGACUUCCAAGUCUUUGGUGGAAGCUGCCAGUGGUGCUCAGGGCACGGAGGAGUUCUGUUACCCAGUGGAGUGUCUGGCGCUCACAGUGGAGGAGGUGAUGCACAUCAGACAGGUUCUAGUCAAGGCUGAGCUGGAGAAGUUUCAGCAGUACAAAGACAUCUACACCGCCCUCAAGAAAGGAAAGCUUUGCUUUUCAUGUCGGACCAAGAAGUUCUCCCUUUUUACCUGGUCCUACACCUGCCAGUUCUGCAAAAGGCCUGUGUGUUCCCAGUGCUCAAAAAAGAUGCGGCUGCCAUCUAAGCCCUACUCCACCUUGCCCAUCUAUUCUUUGGGCCCUGUUGCUGCGGCGAAAGAAGAGUCAAGUAGUGCGUCUGCCCCUGCUGAGCCAGAAAAGCACUCAUUUGGGUCUGGACAUAGCAGACAUAGCCUACGCAGAAGUGUUUACAAGUUGUCUAAACACAGCAGCAGUGGUAGCAGCAGCAAGGACGGUCAGUCACAGGACGAGCCACAGCUGCCCAAGGAGCUUACUGAGGACUGGGUUACCAUGGAGAUCUGCGUAGACUGCAAAAAGUUCAUCACAGAGAUCAUCUCCUCCAGCAAGCGCAGCCUGUCAGUGGCCACCAAGCGUGCCCGUCUCAAUCGCAAAACCCAAUCUUUCUACAUGUCAUCGUCUAACUCGAUCAACUUCAGGCCAUCUGAGCGCACUAUCAAUGAAGUGUAGGAGGUGAGGUCGCCUUGUAGGCUUUUGUUCACGCCUUUUCCAGAUCUUAGUUGUUUAAUGGAAAACAAAUCCCCUCUUAGUGUAAUUUCAACACGGACUCGUUGACUGUGAUGAUGAAGCUAGUCCGUCCCACUCCAAAGUUAGUAAAGGUUCUUAUACCUUACCCAGUCUCAGGAAAAGCUGGCAUGCUAUGAUUGGUCAGGACUGGUCAGGACUCGAGAGUAGCUGCCAGACAACAAAGGAGAGCCAUGUUUGUGUUAGUUGGUGAUAAUUCAGGACACAGUGAUGUCACUAUUGUGAACAAAGUAAGAGAAUGUAUAUUUGACAUAAAAGGGGGAUCACAUUACAUAGAAAGCCAAAAGUUGCAGUGUUGACGUUUAUAUGCUAUAAAGGCCCAUUCCAAGUCUUGCCUAUGAAUAAGUUUUCCGGAUCCUGUUUACUUCUCGCACUCAGGAAGAACAACAGAUUGUCUUUUGACAGUAAUGCACUGUAGAUCAUGCUGUCAGGUCCGCUGGGGUAGAUCCCUGCCUCUCCCCUGCCCCUCUCUUAUUCUUCCAGCAACAAUUAUGCCAAAUGUUACAUCAUUUUUUUUAUUUUUUUUGCCAGUUUCAAUGCAUAUUAUUUACUGUUCUCUCAUGUUGUAGUGGCACACUGAGGGUUGAGAAUAGUCAGAAUAUUUUCUGGGUGGGAUUUAGCUUUUAGUUUUAAUGUAUUUUCAAUCCUGUGCCUGGUGCCAAAAUGUAAUUUCUUUCUUUGAAUGCCUUUGUAGUUGCGGACCUAUUGUACAUAUGUGUUAUAAACUCAAUAGGCGACCUAUUCUGGUAAUCCAAGGUUUGGUUCUUUGCUCUUCCAUGUUCCAAGCUGGGCGAUGGAAGCACAGAAAUGUCGGGGUACAGAUGUGUACAUGCUGUAUAUCUUAAUUGUUCCAAAUUUAAAUUUAUUAUGGGAAAAAACCUAACUAAGUAGAAGUAUAAUUUUAUUUCUGUCAUCUGGAGUUUCUUUCUCUGAAAUUCCUCUCUGAAACCUUUGUUAGUGUUAUUAUGUUGUUAGUAUAAGAUUUUAUUUCUAUUGUAUAGUUUAUAAACUCCUCAGUGUUAAGAUUCUAAAUCGAAAAUCGCACUUUUAUUGGACCAAUUUGUUGUUAAUGUGGGUUUUUUUUUGUCUUAAUUAAUAAUAAUUAUAAAAGUCUUUGUUGUUCUAGCCUUGGAGGUCCAUAGUGCCAUCUCCCAGGGUUCCUCAUGAAUGAAAGGUUGUGUGAAUGGCAGCAGGUUGAUUGUAUGAGAAUGAAUUAAUGGAUAAAACAAAACAAAACACUCCAUUUAGUUGAAUGUAGACAUUCUAAGUAUAUGACUGUCAUUGAAUUUGAUUUAUGAACUUUAAUUCCCUUUCAGAAGAUACACACACACAUGCACUUUCAAACAGUGUAUUUUCAUGACAGUUACUAAAUGAAUACAAAGCCUAUUACCAGCCUGUUAAAGACCGAUGCCAUGUUCCAGUGAAAACAUACAUCUUACCAGUUUAGUUUAGACCUCUGCAAGGAAUGUAUGCAUGCUGUACUGUGAUCUGUUUGUUUUUAUCAAAGAAGUUCUAAUAAAAUCAUCAUGAUUCUGA